GCUGUCAUGAACGAUGUCACAGGCCGACAGAAGACACGGAAAGAACCUGAAGCGCCGCUUGAGUCACUCAGUAAAUUGUUUGGAGACAUUGUGCAUGACCCUAUGCGGCCACCUGAGCUGCAUAUACCACAUGGUCCAGCCUCUGCAUCUAGCUUCUCAACAUUUCAGCCGGAGUUCGCGGACGACAUCAUCCUAGAUUAUUCUGAUUCAGAUCUGGACACUGUUUGCAAGACGUUGACUACGGCUGUGACACGUCUGUCUGACUGGCUCUCCGAAAUUGGGCUUCUGCUGAAUACCGGCAAAACCCAAGUCAUGGUAAUUCAACCUCGGGGACUCACUGGCGACAUACCAGUCGUGAAAUGUAAGGAUCAAGCCUUAACUGUUACCUCCACUGCCAAAUACCUUGGCGUAACCAUUGAUGACCAGCUAUCCUGGCAGCCCCAUGUCUCCAGUGUUGUGCAGAAGGCGUCAGUCGCCAUCAGCCAGCUAUGGCGCCAUGGGCGAUCUCUGCCCAUAAGAGCCCGCAGACUUUGGUACAUUGGCAUUGUGCAAGCACGACUAACGUACGCAUCCAAUGCAUUCUUCCCGUCGCUGACAAAGCAGCUGCAGAGUCGUUUAAUCAAAUCCAGCAAAUCCGGAAUUCGUGCAAUUUUCCGACUCUCCAGCCGUGCAUCCACAGCCCCCCUCCUCGUGCGCUUAUCUAUUCGAUCCCUAACUCACAUUUUUAACUACAAGGUUUUAUUUUUUGUUUUCCGUUGCCUACAUGAUCUUGCAAGUCCUCUUUUCUGCACCUACUUUCAGUUGAUGGCUAACACAGGCCAAGCAUCCCGGGAUGAUCGCCGAAUUACUCGAGGACAGGAGCAGCGGCUACUGCAAGUGCCUUUCCUUCCUGGACCUUCCGGUCGUCAGUCAUUGACAUUUGUGGGAAGCACUCUUUGGAAUUCCCUUCCCAGCGAUAUUCGCCUCCACAGUGCGGCGGUUGCCUUUAAACUGGCUCUGAACAGAAUUAAUUGUAAUUUGUAACCACCUUGCUCGGCAUCCCUACACAUUACUGCAUGUUUUCUCGGUGUUUUCUUCACUGCAUGCUUACACAUACACACACCCAUUUGAAUUAUAUACAAAC